AACAACGGAAUCGAUCGAACGCGCUCAUUAUAACCUUCCAACAUGGCUGCCAGAUCGGAGGACGUUCUCGUCGAUAAAUGGGACAACUGCAUUGUGGACACUUCAUUGAAAACCGUUUCCGGGGCACUCAUUGGAGGACUGUUAUCACUGACAAGAUUUGGACAAACUAAAGGUGGAUCAAGAUGGUCAAUUUUUUUCUUCACUGGUGUUGGACUUGGGAUGGGAAUGGCCAACUGCAACAAUGAAUUCAAAUAUCCAAAUCUCUUGAAGCUGAAACAGGAUGCAAAAACAUCAUAGUGAUGGAAGUGCUUAGAAGUGUCAACAUUUUUUUUAAUGGAUGAGAAAGAGUUGUUGUGAGAAGCGACUUUUUGUGAAAGAAUUUUCCAAAUGCUAGUGAUUGUGAUUUCAUCUCUAAUGGACCAUUUUAUGAUGCAGAGUUGACGUUUUCAGGAGUUACUUCCCUUGUAUCUGUGAAAAGGUGAAAAAAUUAGUCCACACCAAACAAUUCGCCUUGGAAUAGGAUCAACAACAAAUAGAAAAAUGAAGUGGAAAUCAUAUUCUAGUAUUCUUAUUGUAUAAUAAACCUUGUUAUAUUUAAAAUAUGAUGUAAUUGUAUGUUUCAGUGUAAUGAAAGUUAAUGUAGGGCUCUUUAAAUAUUUCAUGAUCAUGACUAAGUACAUCUGCACUACAGAUGGAGUAAACCCUCUUUACAAUGUCACAUUCAACAGCAGAAAAGUCAAUCUUGGCGAUAUGGAGAACAUAGCAAUAAAAUAAGAACUAAUGUGAUCUUUACAAAAAAUAUAUAUUGAUAACAUAAUAAUACACUAGAAAAAAUAACAGGAAUUUUUUUUGUUAUAAUUUUUUGAUAAUAGGAAGAGACAGAAAAGAGAAGUACCACAUUAUGUAAAUUGUUAUAUGUGUUAUAUGUGACCAAUACAAACUUGAUAUAAAGAGUAUAAAUCAUGUUUCACUUAAUUUUUAGCUCACCUUGUGAAGGAUACCAAUGAUCUUUUGUCAUAGCACAUCGUUAUCUGUCUCGUGUCCAUCUUGCAUGUGCAAACAUUUCCUUAAAUUAGUCCUGAAUGGCUGAUUUGAAUGUGAUUAUAUGGUGAAGGAGGCUCACUGCUGUAUAGAUAGGUGAUCUUGUUACACCAGUACUGAGAUAUAUAAAUCUUCAUUCUGUAUAUCUUUAUGGAUUUUAAGCAGACGUUGUGGCCCAAAAUUACAAAAAAAAAAAAA